UCAAGGAAGUCAAUAUGGCCGAUUCAGGUUGUUUAUGCAGAAACUGUCAGCUGAUUUUUGACAAAAUGAAGAGAUGUGUACGGUGUAAAAGUGUUUAUUACUGUUCUCGUGAAUGUCAAGUAAAAGAUUGGGUCAAUCACAAAGAUAAAUGCCUGGAAUAUAUGAACUCUGUGGAACAAAUAGAAGAUGAAGAUAUGGAUUCCAGGACUAAUGAAUCUGCUAUUGUUGAUUCUAAAAUUUCCAAUGAAAACAAUGUAACAGAUAAAACACCAGAUUCUAGGCACACUAGUAGAAUCAAUUUUGAAAAAGCGGCAAAGGACUUAAAAUUGAAAUCUCAGUCGAAAAACAUUUUUGAAGAAGAAAAAAUCGAUGAAGCAGUGUUAACAAACAUUUCUACAAAAUUUUACUAUCAUAAUAAUGAGGCAUUCUAUGAUGUCCCAGCGUUCCACAGUGAUCAUCCAUCUUUUCAAAUUACAGUGAAAUUCUUCAAACAGAGACAUAAAAUUGACAUUAAUGACAAUUGGACCAGUGAUGAAAUAUUGAAAUAUUUAUCCUGUGAGUUAGAAAUUCCUUUGGAAAAAAUUAAAAUCAUUCAUAAGGGAAAACUGUUGACAAGGGAGAUAAUUCGUGAAAAUAUUGGACCUAAAUCUGUGUUGCAGCUAAUUGGUGAGAAAGCAGCCAAUGAACAAGGACUUGACAAACGUGAUAUUGAUGUGAUGAUGAAGCAGUUGGGCGUUGAAAGAAAUGCAGCUGUUAAUACAUUAAGACAAAAGGGUGAUUUAAUAGAUGCUAUUAUUGAAGCUGCUAAUAAAAGUUAAACCUCUUUGUGGUUGUGAUAUUUGACUCCAAUAUUCCAUGUUUCAGAGAGAGAGAGAGAGAGAGAGAGAGGUGGGGUUUAAUGUCCACUUGACACAAACUAGGUCAUUUUGGGACUAACACAUGGUUCAAUUUUAUUUCAAUAAUUCGCUUGCGCGUGGGAGUCUUUGAGCAGUGGGAGGAAACCAGAGGACCAGGAGAAAACCGACGAGGUUGGACAGGCGACCCUACUCCUUGUCACAGACAACCGGGGAAUUAAGACCACGCCAUUUGACCUUAUGAUACAGCGCGCACAUGCUAACCAUUCGUUCAUCCAACCCCCCUGUU